UCUUUUGUGAGAAUAAUAAGCAAACAAAUGGUUGGGAUUUAUCUUUCAAUAUGGGUCUGUAGAAGCCUGCGCAAGCAUAUUCAAAACUUGAAGGUAUCAACUGUUGGUGUAGGUGUCAUGGGAUACAUUGGUAACAAGGGAUCAAUAUCAGUCAGCAUGUCUAUAUAUCAGACAUUUUUUUGCUUUAUAUGUAGUCAUCUGACAUCUGGAGAGAAGAAUGGGGAUGCACAUCGAAGAAAUGCUGAUGUGCAAGAAAUUCACCGGAGGGCGCAGUUUAGUUCAGCUUCUAGUAUUGGAGUGCCAAAAAAAAUCCAUGACCAUGAAGGGAUCAUCUGGUUAGGAGAUCUAAAUUACCGCAUCAACUUACCAUAUGAAAGAACACUUGAACUCAUCUCCAAAAAGGAUUGGGCUCAGCUGGCUGAGAAGGAUCAGCUAAAGCUGGAGCUAAAGAAAGGACGUGCUUUUGAUGGAUGGUCAGAAGGGACUAUAAAUUUCCCUCCUACUUAUAAGUAUGAGUUUAAUUCGGAGAGAUAUAAUGGAGAUAAUCCAAAGGCAAGAAGAAGAACUCCUGCAUGGUGUGACCGCAUUCUUUCCUUUGGGAAGGGUAUGAGGCUACUGAGUUACAAGAGGACCGAACUAAAGCUUUCAGAUCACCAUCCUGUCACUGCAGUUUACAUGGCUGAGGUUGAGGUUUUCUGCCCUAGAAAACUUCAAAGAGCUCUCACAUUCACAGAUGCAGAGAUAGGAGGACUUCUGUCAGUGGCAGAUAAUGAUGUUGGGAUGAGCCGGCUGAGGCUAGGAGAGGGAUGAGCUCACUGAGAUGUCUGAGAGGAUUUGUCGCAAUGGGAGAGGUAGGACGGCAUACCCUUAAUAUAUGAGGAUGUGUAAAUUAUGAUUGUAAAUGAGGUGUUGUAACUCGUCAACUAAUUUUUCUGUCGUAAACAUUUUGUCAGUCAGUACUAAUUUGUAAAUGCUAAUUUCAUAAAUAUGAAUAUGUUGUACUGAAAUUUAAUGUGCACAUUUGUAAAUUUUAAUUUUAUGUGGUUUUUUCAGUUAAAA